AUGGAACAUAAUAUUGCUAAACAAAUAGUACAAGCGAAUCGUUCUUCAUUAAAACAAAAUUGGUCAACCAGUAUUUUACGAGAAGAAAUUGCAACUCUUAAUGAAUCGAUUACGGGCCAUCGACAAGCACCUACUUAUGUAACAGAUACUGAAACUCAACGUGAAUAUCAAAAUCCAACUAUAAAACGUAUAGAAUAUUUAAAACAAACAGAACAAAAUCUAUACGGUCGUUUUGCUCAUACACCUAAUCGAACUCCACCAAGUGGUAUAGUACCCACAUAUGAUGCGAAAAAAUAUCCGGAUGUUAUUCCCCGUUUUCAUUUACCUAAGAUACCAUAA